CACCUGGUUCACACCUGGCGCUUCAUCUCUCAGGAUGAGCCUGAAGUCCGACUCAGAGACCGAGAGCUCCCAGGCGCCUGUGAUUUACACAGUAGAGGAACUGGAGUGCAAGAUCUGCUACAAUCGCUUUGACACCCGGGCCCGCAAGCCCAAGGUGUUGAGCUGCCUGCACCGCGUCUGUGCCAAAUGUCUCAAGAAGAUGGUGGAGCUGGACUCUUCUCCGAGCAUCAUCAGCUGCCCCUUCUGUCGCCACGAGACUCACGUCCCUGACGAGGAGAUCUGGCUUCUUCAAGACGACAGCAACAUUCUGGCCAUUCUGACUUACCAGGACCGGGCUCGUAAGAGUGGUACCGUACCCAGCGGUGAGGUCCUUUUGACGCCCAACAGCCUGAGUGGAGGAGAGCAGGCCCACAGCUCCUCUGAUUGCCUCGUCAUCACAAUCAUGGAAGUCCCUGGAGAGUCUCAGCCCUCCGAAUCUAUGAGCAUGCUGAACAUGGUGCGCUUGUAUCGGCCAGCCAGUUUGGACUCCUUGCCUUGCCACCUGCCCGUGCAGAAAUGUCGGGCUUGGACGUCCCGUUCGGUUCCCCGCUUUCUGAUGGGUUUCCUCUGCCUGGUGUACUUCAGCUCGCUGCCACUGGGGAUCUACUUGCUGAUGAUCCAGCAGCUCACGAUGGGAGUGAUCCUGGUCAGCUUGGUGCCCUCCACCCUGGUCCUUUGCAUAUUCUAUGGCUUCUGCCAAUGUCUGUGCCACGAGAUCAUGGAGGCCAUCGCCACAUAGCACCCUACGAUCAUCAGGCUGAUACUAGCAAGACCUGUAAAAGAACAAAAGCCAAAUGACUGAUGUAUAUCUGUUAAUCCCAGACACCACAUUUUUCCCACCCCACCUCACUAUACCAGCAUCUACCAGUGAACUCCUUGUAAAUCACCUCACAUUUUAUGCAGGGCCAACUAUACUUGUCUUUAGCAGCUAAAGCUUGAUUACCAACGCAAGCUGCGGGUAUUGAUUUUGGACUGCAUCAGAACGCUGUGGUUUUGUAUCACGUCUAGCUCACCCAAUGGGUCUUCAACAACUGUGAUAUAAUUAACACGCAACAGAGAAUGAAGUCCUUCCACACUUUAUGGAAACAACCACAGGAUGUGUUUAAUAAUUCUAGAUGAAUUUGUUCAUUUUCUGUUAUCUAUCUGUGGUAUAAUUUUAAUCAUUGUCUCAAUGUUCUCGUUGAAGUUCCUAGUUGCCUUUGUAAGGCAUGUCAAUGGCCAAGCUGUAAUGUAUAUGUAAAAUAAGUGAUUUUGUGUUUGUCAUUGCUAUGAGAAUGAACAAAUACUUUAAAGCCACCUGUUAGAUAUUCAAUAAAGAUUCUUCCAUAUCUAACUC